AUGGCAAGCUUGGAAGACCUCAUCCCAACAGUGAACAAACUGCAAGAUGUUAUGUACGAUGCCGGCAUUGACACCUUAGACCUUCCCGUUCUAGCGGUGAUUGGAUCUCAAUCCUCUGGCAAGUCGUCCAUCUUGGAGACACUUGUAGGAAAAGACUUUUUACCCAGAGGAACGGGGAUUGUCACCAGACGCCCAUUGGUCCUUCAACUUAACAACAUCUCUCCGAAUUCUCCUUUAAUCAACGAGUACCAGGAUAUCCAUGGCCAGAAUUACGACACUAGUGACACUAAAGGUGAGCUAACUCUGGAAGAUCACCUUAGAAAAAGCCAAGGUUUCGAGCCCACAACCAAGGAUGAGUGGGGCGAGUUCCUGCAUUUGCCUGGUCGCCGCUUCUAUGAUUUUGGUGAAAUAAGACAAGAGAUCGAAAAUGAAACAGCCCGAAUCGCAGGAAAAAACAAAGGGAUUAGCCGUAUACCUAUCAACCUCAAAGUUUUCUCACCGAGGGUUCUAAAUUUGACACUCGUAGACCUGCCAGGGAUCACCAAGGUACCUAUUGGUGAACAACCAGCGGACAUCGAAAAGCAAAUUAAAAACUUGAUUUUGGAACAUGUCGCAAAACCUAAUUGCAUCAUCCUCGCCAUAUCCCCGGCUAACGUUGACCUCGUCAAUUCCGAAUCACUCAAGUUGGCUAGAGAUGUGGACCCUCAUGGGAAAAGAACAAUUGGUGUGAUUACCAAAAUGGAUUUAAUGGAUAGCGGAACAAAUGCUUUAGACAUUCUUUCAGGUAAAUUAUAUCCCUUGAAAUUGGGUUUCGUGGGAAUUGUGAAUAGAUCGCAACAGGACAUACAAGCGAAUAGAAGUGUUGAGGAAGCGCUGAACAACGAAGAGAUCUUUUUCACUCGUCAUCCUGUUUAUAGAACAAUAUCGACGAAAUGCGGGACAAGAUACCUGGCUAAGCUACUAAAUCACAUCUUAAUGAAUCAUAUUCGUGACAAACUGCCAGACAUAAAGGCGAGACUGAAUACCUUGAUGGGACAGACAGAACAAGAAUUAGCGACAUAUGGCGGUAGUGGAAUAAUUACAAAAGAAAACCGAGCGGGGCUAGUAUUGCAGCUUAUGAAUAAAUUUGCAGCACGUUUUGUUUCCUCCAUCGAAGGCACAUCAUCUGAUAUUAGUACGAAAGAACUUUGUGGGGGCGCGAGGAUUUACUACAUUUACAAUAAUAUUUUUGGGCACUCGCUUGAAUCAAUAAAUCCGACGUCUAACUUAUCCACGGCAGAUAUUCGGACGGCGAUUCGGAACUCGACCGGGCCACGUCCUUCCCUGUUUGUUCCUGAGCUUGCGUUUGACUUGCUUGUGAAACCUCAAAUAUAUCUCCUACUCGAGCCCUCUCAACGAUGUGUGGAAAUGGUCUACGAAGAGCUAAUGAAAAUAUGCCACAAUUGCGGAUCGCCCGAGCUCGCAAGGUAUCCUAAACUACAGGCCAAGCUCAUUGAAGUCGUUAGCGAGCUGCUAAGAGAAAGGCUUGGGCCCACUCGUUCUUAUGUUGAAAGCUUAAUUGACAUCCACCGGGCCUACAUCAACACCAAUCACCCUAACUUCCUGAGUGCUACCGAUGCUAUGUCCGACAUUGCUGAAGCCAAAAAGAAUAAACAGAAGGCAACACCUGGGAAGUCGGAUCUUGAAAAUGCUAAGAUAUCUCUCGUCAAGGAACUCUCCAGAAAGGAUGCUGAACUCCAGUUUUCAAAUGCAACAGGGAAAGAGAUUCCAGAAUCUUCAACUCCUAGUGAAGCUUCCUCCGAAGAGGAAGAGAGGAUUCCUAGUAAAGAGUCCAAGGAUUCCUUUCUGAACUACUUUUUCGGGAAAGAUCAACAAAAGUCCGGUCACUUCACCAAAUUCCCAGAGAAUGGUCAAUUUCCAGGCUCACACAGUUUUGAUCAAGCAGAAAAUGCUCCUCCUUCAUCAGAUUUUGAAAAGCUACAAAUAAAUGGUUCUACGACUGAAAGGACUUUCGAUGAACCCAAGCUGACCGAAAGAGAAGAGUUAGAAUGUGAGCUUAUCAGGAGGCUAAUCAUCUCUUAUUUUGGUAUCGUUAGAGAGAUGAUUCAGGAUCAGAUUCCUAAGGCAGUAAUGUGCCUUCUUGUCAAUUUCUCAAAGGAGAUAAUUCAGAAUCGCCUUGUGACAAAACUGUAUAAAGAGUCUUUGUUCGAGGAAUUACUAUUAGAAGACCAAAACUUGGCACAAGACAGAGAGAAGUGUGUCAAGUUGCUAGAUACCUACAAAGAAGCAUCAAAAAUCAUAGGCGACAUUCUAUAA